UGCUGGAACUUCCAUAGUCCAUAGUGUAUUUUAGUCGCCGCUCGUCCUCCACGUUGGAAGGACGUUCUGCGUCUCCAUUAUUAUAUUGUGUAUAUAUUAAAAAAAAAAAAAAAAAAGAAAAAAAUAAAUAAAGAAUUUGUCUAAUCAUUUAUUAAUCAAAAUAACAUAUUAUCUUCAUGUUAUAUUUAUCGAAUACUCUAAAAGUGAUAUAAAUCUUGUAAAGUGACAAUUAUAAGUGAAGUGUUAAUAUAUUUUCUUUUUUUUCUUUUACAAAUUUUUACUCAUGAUGUAUAAUUUAAAAUCUAUCGCAUAUAUUGUAUCGAGUGAAAAGAGAAAUUAGAAAAAAAUUAGUUACUCGGAAAGGUCGACAAAAAGAAGGACAAAAUAUAGUGAUAUGUGCAGUGUUUUUAUGAACAGAAGUGUGUGAGCCUCGAUCGUUUAGAGAUCGAGCAUUUGAUUAUGGGGACAUGAGUAACGAGCACGGUCGCGAAGAAUAUUGGAAGAAAUUGAGCGACAAGUUUGAAGGAUCUUCGUGCACAGAAACAAAAAGAUAUGAAGGGGAAGAAACGAAGGAGGAUGAUUGCUCGAGAAGAACGAUUAAGAAAAUUGAAAAUGUGCCGGUUAAUCGAGGAUCGAUUAAAAAUUUGUCGAGGUGCCGCGCACAAGAUGUCACGAUUGUCGAGCAGCCGGGGAAGCGAUUCUCUUGCCAGAGAACGAUCGAAAUUUCUCACGACAAUUUUCUUUCGAGAAGCAACGAAAGUUGUAUCAAUGUCGAGAGAAGUUGUUCGUGGGAAAGUGAGAAAAACGUGGAUGGAUAUCCUAAUCUGCAGACUAUAUGGAAUUUGAAAGAUUCCUCUUUGGAAAUUGAAAAUUAUCCCGGGGACGACGAACGAUCGUCGAAGGGAAUUGGUGCGGUGGAGGGGGAGGAUUGGAAGCGAACGAGCGAGGAUCCGUCGGAAGUUUUAAACGAGUAUUCCAUCGGUGGAAACAGCGAGGCGAGUGGCUCCGUAGAGGCGAAUGUAUCGCAAACUUGUUUCGAAAAGUUAGAAAAACACGGGAAUCGUUCUCCUUGGAAAUUGGAAAUAAGCUCCCCGCGAACCCCAACAUUCGCCAAUUUGGCCUUGAGCGUGUCGUACGCCGGCUUGGACACUUCCGGUUUCUUCGACGUUGAAUCCUCGAGAAAAUUCGAGGAUGAUUCAUCGGAAUUGUGGGAGGAUUUCAGUGUGGUCGAGUGUCUGGAAAGCAAGUCGUCUUGCGACGAGAGCACGCCGGAAGAACGGGUGGAGGCGUUGAAGGAAGUUUUGGCGGAGAGUGAUAUCCACGAGGGGGACGGGGUCGUUUCGGAUUUCUUAUUUCACGUUGCCAGAACAAAGUAUGGAAAGAUUUAUAUCAGGGUUAUUAGAACGAUGCUUCUUAAUCGAGUUUUAUGUAGCAACCGCGUGAGCCAAAUGACCAAGACCUAUAAUGACAUAGAAGCAGUCACAAGGCUUCUAGAAGAGAAAGAAAAGGACUUGGAAUUAACCGCACGUAUCGGUAAAGAACUUUUAUCGCACAAUCAAAAACUUGAAACCACUGUCACGAGUUUGGAAACCGAUUUGAAAGAAGCUAAUGAAAAAAUUACGCAACUUACGCACGAACUCGCAAAGAAGACAGAACUAAUUCAAAUAUUAACAAACGAUGCCGAAGAAUCGAGUUCCGAAGCCGGUACGCCCACCGGAUUUCGUGGAAUUAAUCUUGACAUGAUGCAGAAAAAGAUCAGUUCUCUCGAGGAUGAAAAUAAACAGUUAAGAGCAGAGUUUGCGAAAUUAAUGCACGAUGCUGAUAAUUCAGAAGAGCAGGAAGCAAAACUUGUCAAGGAUAUUGCCGCCCAACUAGCGAGUGCAAAUAUGGAGAUGGAUGGAAUUACGGAUGAACUUGAUAGACAAAAAGAGGAAAAUCGAUUACAACACGAACAAAUCGUCAGUUUAACAGCAAAAUUAGCUGAAACAGAAUUGAGAUUGGCACAAUUGAUGGCCGAACAUGACGAAGUUGGAGCUACUUUGCUCAUCACCAAAGAUAAUCAGAAUAAUCUUGCAAACGAAUUGGCUGAAUUCAAAGAUCGAUACGCUGAAGUAGUGAAUUUAUUGGCGGAAACGCAAGAUCAAUUGCGAAAACAAAGAAAAAGAGGAAUGCCAACUGUUAGAGGAGGAUCUUUGUUCCCUUCAAUGGGUGCUGUUCCACAACCUGAUUCCAUUGCUUCUGAAUUGGAAUCAUCUCUUUAUUCUGAACUCAGUUUGGAUUCUGGCAUCAGCGCGGACAGGAUACCAACUUAUAAGAAAGUGUUUGAAACAGUGAGAAGCGCAUCAAGAAGUACAUCUUAUCCAGUUGAUGCAAAUCAAUUCCCACGAAUAGGUUCAAUGACGGUAUCAACUUUAUCCAGCGGUUCUGCUGGACCACGAAUGAGUUGUGGACAGAUUAGACCCAUGGCAUCAACAUUUCCUAGCUUAGAUUCCACUGGACAUAGCGAUUCAGAAGGUUCGCUUCUUACGGACUCUGAAGAUUAUCCAGGACCCCAGCAAACAGGAGUACCAGGUGCUCCUGGAGCAGCAGAUUUGGAGGCAGCUCUUCGUAGAUUAACGCCUGCAGAAGUUCUUACGAGGCGUGCUUGUCUUAGCACUGGUACAGGAUAUACUUAUGACUAUGAUGCAGGAGCUCAUUCACCUUCCACCUUCGUACCUCUUGGUUGUAGAACUCCAGAUAGUAUUAUGUCUACGGGAAGUAGCGGAAAUAUAAGUGGUUACGGUGGAAAUGCUUGGAGAAUACCUGAGAAAUUACAGAUAGUGAAACCUAUUGAAGGUUCACAAACUUUACAUCAUUGGACUCAGUUAGCCACACCUACAUUAGGUGGUCUUUUAGAAGAACGACCAGGAGUAAAAACACGAGGAGGUCGUGGCCUGGAAGAUUUAGGCCUAGUUACUUUUACUUUAAGCGACCUCGAAGAAGAUGAAGAAUAUACUAAUCCUGGAAAACUCUUUCAAGACACAGGUUCCGUUUAUACAUUCACUAAUAGUACAGUUCUUCACCCUGAUGAUCAUACAAGUGUCACUCCAAGUAUUGUGGGUAGUAGAGUUGCAACUGCACCUAGUAGUGCUUUAAAUUCUGGUAUGAGCACUCCAAGAACGUUAAGUAGAAGGAAUUCGACUUCAACAUUUUCAACAACUCUUGGACUUGCAAAGAUGUUGAAUGAAAGAGGUAUAAAAGCUGUUACACCUUCUUCUGCAUUAACUCCAAGCGGAGAAAGGAAUUUUACACCUACUGCAACACCUUGUAAUAGUCCUGAUGCUAGUCCUCCAGAAAGUCGAUCUGAUUCACCAACUCCAGAAAGUGGACUUUCCUUAGGAUUAUUAUCUAGUGGAGCUGAAUUAUUGAAGAGAACAUUUGGUGGCGAGACUGAGACAAAGAGGAAACGAACCGUAUUGUCUAGAUCAGACAAAAAGGCUCUUACUAGUAUUCGUUUAGUUGAAAAACUUGAAAGAAUAGGCAUUGACACUAUAAUGUCAUCUACAACGAUUGGCUCUUCUAUUUCUCCAUUAGUGUUACAAGGUUCUUUAUAUACCAGACGUACUACCGAAAGUCCUAUGGCUCAAUUAACUUUCUUAAAAAGCUCCAUGUCUUCAAGUGGAAGUCAAGAAAAACUUUCUCCUUCUUCCACGGCUAGUAAUUCCUUGUCAACAAAACGAAAAAUAAUUGACAAGAAACAAGAUGAAUCUACGUCAAGCAGGGAAUCAAAUAGACAAAGAAGAACUGGUGCUAGAGCUAUGAGACCUGAUCUUGGACAGGUUACACCUGCGAUUCCUGUUACAGUUACAAAAGAAUCUCCUGCGCAAUCCGCUUUGGGAACUAUUAGCGCAAUUCUUUUUGGACGAAAGGGUGGUUUACUUUGAAAUCAUUGUUUGUUGUGCAUUAAGUAAAUAACAUUAAAAAAAAAAAA